CAGGAAUACUCUUCAAAUCAUUGAUAGCCUCACUGUUUCCUCUGCCUUCAUUUACUUUCGGAACGAGAAAAUGGAGAGGAGGGACAGGGAGGAGCAGAAACCAUCAUUGACCUCUCCAUUGAUUCAAGUUUGUGAAGAAACUGAGGCUGAAAAUGAAAGAGAUAGAAUCGAUGAAAAGGGUAUUAGAAGAAAAGAAAUUGUUGAAGAAGUAAAGAAGCAGCUAUGGCUAGCUGGGCCUCUUAUAUCUGUGAGUCUUUUACAGUUUUGCUUACAGAUGAUAUCUGUAAUGUUUGUUGGUCAUCUUGGUGAGUUAACUCUCUCUGGUGCCUCCAUGGCAACGUCCUUUGCUUCAGUCACUGGUUUCAGCUUGCUGAUGGGAAUGGCAAGUGCCUUGGACACCUUAUCUGGGCAGUCAUAUGGGGCAAAACAGUAUCACAUGAUGGGAAUACAUAUGCAGAGAGCCAUGCUUGUACUUGUACUUGUUAGUAUACCUCUUGCUGUUAUUUGGGCAAACACAGAACAUAUUCUAGUAACCUUAGGCCAAGAUCCUGCUAUAGCUGCUGAAGCCGGGAAAUAUGCCCAGUUCAUGAUCCCAAGUAUUUUUGCCUAUGGUCUUCUUCAGUGUCUGGUUAGAUUCUUACAGACCCAAAACAUUGUUUUCCCAAUGAUGAUUUCCUCAGGAAUGACUACUUUAAUCCAUAUCAUUGUGUGUUGGGUUCUGGUAUUCAAAUCUGGACUUGGAAGCAGGGGAGCUGCUAUGGCAAAUUCCAUUUCUUAUUGGAUCAAUGUGCUAUUGUUAGCACUUUAUGUGAAGUUCUCUCCUUCGUGUGCAAAAACAUGGACGGGAUUUUCCAAGGAGGCUUUGCGAAACGUCUCAACAUUUAUAAGACUUGCCAUUCCUUCAGCUGUGAUGGUGUGCUUGGAAAUGUGGUCUUUCGAAAUGAUGGUCCUUUUAUCAGGCCUUCUACCCAAUCCAGCUUUAGAAACCUCUGUUCUUUCUGUUAGCCUAAACACAGCUUCAACUGUAUGGAUGAUCCCUUUUGGACUCAGUGGUGCUGUAAGUACUCGGGUUUCAAAUGAACUGGGAGCAGAGCGUCCAGAAGCAGCUCGUUUAGCAGUGUGUGUUGUGUUAGUCAUGACCAUUACUGAGGGUCUGUUGGUUGGUUUAGUACUCAUACUGAUCCGCAAUGUCUGGGGCUAUGCUUAUAGCAAUGAGGUAGAAGUCGUCAAAUAUGUAGCAGCAAUGAUGCCAAUACUAGCUGUCUCCAAUUUUCUAGAUGGGCUGCAGUGUGUUCUCUCAGGUGCUUGUAGAGGCUGUGGGUGGCAGAAGAUUGGAGCAUAUGUAAAUCUUGGAUCCUAUUACUUAGUGGGAAUUCCAUCAGCUGUUUUGAUGGCUUUUAUGUUGCACGUUGGUGGAAAGGGUCUCUGGUUGGGGAUUAUAUGUGCACUCACCGUACAAGUAUUCUCUCUUUUCACAAUCACCAUAAAAACUAACUGGGAGCAAGAGGCAAAGAAGGCGACGGAUAGAGUCUAUGAUUCUAUAGUUCCUGCUCAAGUAGUCUCAUGAAGCUUAGCCAAUGCUCAUGAACAAGCUAUAUAAACAGAAAUUUUUUGAGUAAUUGAGUGGGGUACACAAAAUUGGAAAAUCUUCAAUGUUAAACAAGUGGGUUUUCUUAGCAUAAUUUUGAGUGAAGGUACUUAUCAUUUAUUUGCUGGAGUAAAGAUAUGCAACUGAGUUGUUGUCCUCAACACGUGGAUCCAUCUAUCAAUAUACUUCUUAGAUGUUAGUUUUAUUUUUCCAUUUAACGAUGUUAUUUUGAUCUUUAAAUUAUUGCAAAUUGAAAGUUAAUGCUUGUCAUAGAGAAA